AUGGCAGUCGGUGAUAUAAUAGUGACUCUCUUGACGUCUUAUGGAACGACUCACUUUWUUUACCAAGGAAAUACGUGGACUGRGAAUGUACAUGUUGGAGAAUAUCUUUUCUGCCGUUUGGGACGACUCCUAAGUUACAUUUGCAUGUUGUGUUCAAUCUAUAGCCUCCUGGCCAUCACCUUCGAUCGAUUCCUGGCUGUCACUCGUCCUCUCAAGCACAAGAAUCACUCUUCCUGGAACAAAUACAUUAUUUUUGCAGUUUGGAUUUCUUCCAUAGCAAUGCCAGCCAGCUUCAAUGUCAGCAAAAGUACCUAUUGYUCAAUUGGAGGCAAGUUUUAUUGCUUUCCAAGCAAAUCGCCAGUCCAAGCCAUUCUGCUCAUGUCCCUUGGGUAYGCUCUUCCCCAUGCRAGCAUUGUUGUUCUAUAUAUGGCAAUUGUUCGAAAGCUGUGCAUGAGAAAAGUUCCUGGUGAGCAUGCUCAAGAAGCGAAUGGCCAAACCGCUGCCCAACAAGUUGCCAGAAAGGUUACUCGGAUGAUAAUAUGCAUCCUUGUGGCAUUUGAAAUAUCAUGGUUUCCAUUGUUUACUUUGGAAGUAUUUCCAUAUCUCUAUUAUGGCGAAGUAAGYAAUAAUUCCCUAGAAGUCAUUGGUCUCCAGAUUCUGAUGGUUUCAAAUGGAAUUUCCAAUGCCUUGAUUUAUGCCAUUUUUAACGAGAGCUUUCAACAAGCUUUUAAGAAGGUUCUCUGCUGCAAAACUAUUACUGUGAUAUUAGAGAAGCUCCACAUUGGAACCAAUGUUAAAACUGUUAACAGAGUACGGCAAAAUGCAGCAUAA